UUACCUCCCACACCCGAGUCAAGGAUAGGUAUAGUCCUCGGACAAUAUUUGGAGUUGAAGACGAUCCUGGGAACGGGCGCGUAUGGAGUUGUGUAUUCGGCAUUCGAUCAUCUCACCGAAACAUGGUAUGCGGUCAAAGCUUUGAGCAAAACCAAUGCCAAUGGAGAACCUUUGGAUAAGAGACAACGGGAAUUCCAGUCCAGGGAAAUUCGGCUCCACUACAUGGCGUCAGCACAUCCUAACAUAGUCUCUGUCCUCAAGAUUGUGGACGACCCAGAAUGCACGUACGUCGUGCUGGACUUUUGUCCUGAGGGUGACCUCUUCUCCAAUAUCACCGAGAGGGGUAGGUAUGUGGGCAAUGAUGCUCUUGUCCGUCAAGCUUUCCUCCAGAUCUUGGAUGCCGUGGAACACUGCCAUCGUGUGGGGAUAUACCACAGAGAUCUCAAGCCUGAGAAUAUUUUGGUAUCAAAUGCCGGGACCCAAGUGUUGCUUGCAGACUUCGGCCUCGCGACCAUGACUCCAGUGUCAGAGGACCACGGCUGCGGAUCAACCUUCUACAUGAAAUGUCUGGAUCAAUCCUCCCGGAACGCAUCAUACCGAUGUGCCCCAAAUGAUGUCUGGUCUCUUGGUGUCAUCCUUGUCAAUCUUACAUGUGGACGCAAUCCGUGGAAACAAGCUUCCGUUGAGGAUUCCACAUAUAAGGCAUUCACCAGGAACCGUGACUUCUUGAAGACAAUCUUGCCAUUGUCGGAUGAGCUGAACGACAUCCUUGGAAUGAUCUUUGAAAGCGACCCAAAGGAGAGAAUCGAUGUUUCCCAGCUCAAGCAGUUGAUCUUCCAAUGUUCCAGCUUCUCGGCACCCAUUCAACAAGCUUCUUUGCCAUCCCCACCACAGUCGCCAUGUUCCUUCACCGAGGAUGUCUUUGAGAAUUCCCUUUCCGAUGACGGUUCAGUUUCU